CUUCGACGGCGCGAUCGUCGUCGCCCCGAUGUGCCGAAUCGCUGACGAGAUCAAACCUUGCUGGCCGAUCCCCGAGGUCCUCACCAUCAUCGCCAAAUUCCUCCCGACGCUGGCCAUCGUCCCCACGGGAGACCUACUCCGUGAAUCCGUCAAAGUGAAAGAGAAGCUGAAGGUCGCGGAGAUGAAUCCGAUGAGGUAUAGAGGCAAGCCGCGGCUCGGGACAGUGGUGGAGCUGAUUAGGACUACGGACUGUCUGGGGAACAGAUUGCGAGACGUUAGGGUUCCGUGCCUCAUCCUCCACGGGAGCGCGGAUGUGGUCACGGAUCCCAAUGUUAGCAGUGCGCUGUACGAAGAGUCGUUCGAGCGAGGAUAAGACAAUCAAGAUCUACGACGGGAUGCUGCAUUCGCUGUUGUUCGGAGAGACAGAUGAGAACAUUGCCAUUAUCCGGCGAGACAUUGUGGUUUGGCUCAGCGAUAGGUGCAGUAGAAAAUGAAGAGUGAAGACAAAC